AUGUCCUUAGCUAUUAAUGGAAUCCUUCGAGUAGUCCUCUGGACAAGCAUCGCUGUCAGCUUCAGUAGUGCUUUCAUUCCCAAAAGGACGUUCACGUUCACGUCCCCCGACACGAACAAGUACAGAGCAGGAUAUCCCACUCUGCUCCAUGCUUCGGCACAACAAAAUGCUGAUUUUGAGUAUCAAGAGAUGAAGAUUCUGACGCAAGCACUGAUUUCUCAAGGAGUCUCCAACUCACAAAUACCAGCUGACAAGCGUGUCGAGAUAGAAGGAUACUGUCGCCGCAUUGUCAAUCAGCGAUCAGGAUCAAUAUCACCAGAAAACAUUCCAAGUGAGCUGGCGGGCACAUCAUGGCAGUUAGCUUUUACGUCUCAAAGUCUCGUAUCCGACUCCCUGCCACCUGGAACCAACAUCAAGCUUUUGUUUAAGAAUGAAAAUCGACUUGAUUAUAUCCUCGAAUUUACCAAGACGUUUGGUCUGAAACAAUUGGCUGCGGAUAGCAGCUACACAGUUGAUACGAAUGGUGUAAUAGCAUACACAUAUGACGGCAUCUCUUGUGAUGUCUUCGGGCUAACGAACAUCAAUGUUGGGGCUUUCGGAUUACUAAAGGGUCGGGCUAGUUCCAUCCAAGCAUCAUUCUUUGAUGGUGUACUCUUGAUUCAAAGAAGCAACGACAUGGCUGGGGAGUUUUUCAAUGUUUACGCUCGCAUUUAG